AUGAAUUCUUGUUUAAUUUAUUACGGAGAACUAAUCUCUGAAGUUGCUUAAGGAAAAUCAUUUACAGAUCCUACUAAAAUUGCUUAUGUAAAUUAUUCAGGAAGUACAUUAAACUAGUAAGGAGAUGUAGCAGCUUGCCUAAGAACUCCUUAGAUGAACUUUGUUGAAUUAAAGCUAUACUUCCCUGGUGUAACAUUUUUCGAAGGAAUAUGUAUUAAAGAUAUUUGCUCUGCAAAAGCUCUGAUAUCUAUCAAGAAAGAAUUCGCUUAUCUGUUGUCAUUAGUAUUUUAAACAUAAAUAACUCCUGAUCAAUUUGACUUUGUUUAAUACCCUGUUGAGAAGCCUUCAACUGAUAACUAUGGCUUUAUAAUAAUUUCUCUAAUUUUAGCUUUCAUACUUCUUUUGACUUUAAUUUCUUUUUUUAUGGUGAAUUUUAAGAGUAAAAGUAAAGAUAGAAAUAAAAGUAACUCAGAAUCAAAAGAUUCUAACGCUAAAAGUCAUUUAAUUAAUAAAAAUCAAAUUUAGGACUAUUUAAAACUUGAAGAUGAGAAGCUAAAUGAAGAACUUGAAGGGAAUUUAGAAGAAAAAAAAACUCUAAACGAAGGUCAAAAAAAGUUAGAGAAUGAAAAUGAAUCUAUUUUUAUGCGAAUAAUUAAUUGUUGGAAUUUGAAGUCUAAUCUUUAAAAAACAUUCAAUGUAACAGUGAGAAAUUCAGACUUAGCUGCUUUUGAUUGCAUAAGAACUUUAAGUUUCUUGUAAGUUAUGUUAGGUCAUUGUUUUCUCAUAUGUAUUUCAUAUUAUUCCAAUUUUAAUGAUUUCGAUAUAGUUCAAAAAGAGCCUUUUACAUUGUUUAUUUUAGGCUGUUUUUAUUCUGUUGAUGUUUUCUUUAUGCUUGGAGGAUUUUUCCUUGCUUAUGUUAUUGCUGAUCCAAAAAUUUAACAAAGUUUUAAGGUAAAAAACUUUUUAAAAAUGAUUAUCUCCUACUUUAUAGCAAUUUUAAAUAGAUUAAGUAGAAUUCUACCUACUUAUUUUAUAGCUCUUUAUGUAAUUUGGUAAUAUUUAAGUCAGAUUGGCUAAUCUCCUACAUGGUCUGAAAUUGAGUUCUUUAGUGGAUUAUGUGACGAAAAUAAAUUGAAGAAAAUGUUAUUUAUAGAUAAUCUAUAUGAUGAGCCUAUUAGUUGCCUUCCAUGGACUUGGUAUCUUUCAAAUGACAUGCAAAUGUUUGUAUUAUCUCUAAUAUUAAUGAUUGUUUAUGCUAAUAACAAAACUGCUGGUAAACUUUUGAUAUUUAGUGCUUUGGGAGCAUUCAUAGGAUUGGCAAUUUAUUUAUCUUAUGACUAUGAAAUUUUAAUAGUUAGUUAGCUAACUCCUAUGCUCAAUCCUCACUGGAACGAUAUCUAUUUUAAGCCUUGGUGUAGAAUUCCCCCUUAUCUUUUAGGUUUAUUGUUUGGUAUAUUUUACAAAGAAUAUCAAAUAGAAAAAUAAUAAAAUGACAGUUCUAAAAAAGUAUCUUUCCUCAUGAAAAUAUCACAUUACAUGAGAGAGACCUUUGUAAAAUGGAUGUCAUAUUCUUUAGGAUUAGCUAUAAUUUUUUAUUUGAUAUUUGGACCAAGACCAUUAUAAGUCAAUGGAGUUGACUAUUGGAACUAAAAUACCUAACAUUUUGUAUAUGGUAUCAGCAGAGUCCUUUACUCUUUAGCUGUUAUACUAGUUUUACUACCUUCUGUGUGCGGUUCUAAAGAUUUAAUAGUAAAAAUAAUGAGCUCAUCCAUAUUUUAGUUUAUGUCUAAACUUACAUUUUAAGGCUACCUUUAUCACUAUGCAAUAGAAACUUACUCCCUCUGGUCAUUUUACGAUUCAAUGUAUUUGAGUAUAUAAAACGUUUUAAACAUUUAUGUAGCUCAAGUCCCGAUUAUUUUCUUAAUAUCUUUCAUAUUUUAUGUGCUAAUUGAGCUACCAUUUAAUAACCUCGCUAACAUCUUCUUCAAUAGAAAUUCAAAAAAGAAAUAAAUAGAAAAAGAAGAAAACGACAAACAAAAGGCUUAACAUUAAGGAAUAAAUUGA